AAAGAUAUCCAAAAGUACCCCAACGACAACCCAGAAGACAAAACGACCCCUUUUAUCGGCUUCGAUUUCUUUGACGACGGCAUACCGGACGACGAUAGCAGGCGCAGCGACUUCGAUUUCUACUUCUCACGACUCGAGAAAGCCGGUAAAGAAUCAAUUCCUCAACUGAUCAAGAAGCUAAACGACAACGGUCGUCCCGUUUCGUGCCUCGUCAACAACCCCUUCAUCCCGUGGGCCUGUGACGUGGCCGAAGAUCUCAAGAUCCCCUGGGCCACUCUCUGGGUGCAAUCGUCUGCCGUGUUCGCAGUUUACUACCAUUUCUUCCACCAAACGGUGCCGUUUCCUUCCGAGGCAGAACCGGAUAUCGACGUCCAGUUGACGAGCAUGCCGGCUCUGAAACGCGACGAGAUUCCCAGCUUCCUGAUAGCUGGGAAUCCGUACGAGGUUUUUGGAAAAACGAUCUUGGAACAGUUCAAGAAUCUCUCCAAGUCGUUCUGCGUGUUGGCAGACACUUUCGAAGAGCUUGAGCAGGACAUCAUUAGGGCCUUGUCCGGGUUCUGCAUGGUGAGGCCCAUUGGGCCUUUAUUCAAAGGCCCAAAAGAUAUCGCCGUGACUCGCGGCAGCGAGUGCUUAGAAUGGCUGGAUUCCAAGCCGCCGUCGACGGUGGUUUACAUAUCGUUUGGGACGGUUGCUUACUUGAAGCAGGAACAAGUGGAUGAGAUGGCUCACGGCGUUUUGAAUUCUGGGAUGUCGUUUUUGUGGGUGAUGAGGCCUCCUAAGAAAGAGUCGGGAUUAAAGCCUCACGUUUUACCGGAAGGGUUUUUGGAGACGAUUGGAGACAGAGGAAAGUUUGUAGAAUGGAGCCCGCAAGAACGGGUCUUGGCUCACCCGUCGGUGACGUGUUUUCUGACUCACUGCGGUUGGAACUCGUCGGUGGAAGCGCUUACUUUGGGUGUACCGGUGGUGUGCUUUCCUCAGUGGGGAGACCAAGUCACGAAUGCCAAGUUCUUGGUUGAUGUUUUUGGUGUUGGGGUUAGAUUGGGCCGUGGUGAGGCUGAAAAUAGAGUGGUUCCGAGGGAUGAGGUGGAGAGGUGUUUGGUGGAAGCGACGGUCGGAGAGAAGGCGGCGGAGAUGAAGAGGAAUGCGGUGAGGUGGAAGAAGGCAGCGGAAGAGGCGGUGGAGAAGGGUGGUUUGUCUGAUCGGAAUCUUGACGAAUUUGUGGAGGAAAUAAGGAGCAGAAGUGUUAUGGCGGCUGCCUGUCAGUACAGUGCCAUCAUUGCAGCGAGUUUCUCGGGCAGUGGAGCGGUCUUGUCAAUCAUGUCAACAGUCACGUCUCCUGUUAGAGGUCGAGAGGUCUCCACGUCCAGGGUCAAGGACGACCCUGAGGAAGCUAUGACGUCGAGCACAGCAUCGAUCGACGACGGAGAUUCUCUGCUUCAACUGGCAGAGGAAUACGCUGAGGGGUCGGUCUCGACCCCUCAGCCAGAUGAGCUCAUUCUCCUCGACGAUAAGGAUGAUGGUCUACGGGUCGGCCCCUCUAUAGAUCGUGGCUAUGGGGUGGUGUCGACGAGUGGCAUCUCGGGUGAAGUUCCUUCUCGACCAAAGCUUUCUUCUGCUACUCUAGCGCUGGUCGAGCAAAUCCUAUCUCUUUCCAACUCCAGCCGUAGCUCUACCGUUCUCAAUACACCGGAGAACCACCGGUUGUACGGUCUGGUCGUCACUCUCGACCCUCCACGCCAACCAGUCGUCCCUCCUGCAGAUUUCCUCAAAGCCAUGUCAUCCACCAUGAGGUACGUUCUCCCGAGCAAGUCAAAGAAGAACAAGGGAGAAGCCUCCUCUAAGUCAUCGGGGAAAGGCGCCGAUGUAGCUUCCAACUUGGAGGUUCCUCCUGCGCCUGAGGAGCCCUUUGUGAUGCCAGGGUCGAAGAUUAACAACCCCCAAUUUCAGGUGUCUGAUGUGAUCGACCACCACCUUAACGAGGCUCUUCGGCUCCCUCAUCGCUUUAGCCUUCCCAUCCAGGCUAUCUACACGCACUUUCAUGAGGACUCUUGGAACAACUUUGCUGGGAUGGGCCUUCUAGAGAGCCAGUGCGUAGCUAUGAUGCGCCAAAUCUCGGACACCUCGUUGAAGGCUUCUGAGGAAGAGCUUAUAGCUCUCCGCGCUGCUCAGACCGAAUUCUCUAUGGAUUUGGAGGUCGAGAGGGCCAAGGUCCGAUCCCUUGAGGAGAAGAUCGCCAGGGAGACAAACGAGAGUUUCCAGAAGGGCUUCAACGAAGGAAGCUCGAAGGUGGUCAAGGCAUAUCUUUCCUCUCCCAACUUCCAGCAGAAGAAGCAGGACGCGGUCGAGGAAUUUAUGGCUUCCAAGGAGUUCUGCCGGUCGAUCGAUGCUCAACUGGAGACUUUUAAGCCAUCCUAA